AUGGCUGGUGAGGACAGUUUUAUAGUGUUGGUUCACCACAGAGGAUCGAUUAAGAGGAAAACUCGGUUAGGUGUCAAGUUCACCGAUAAAGAUCCUCUCUGUAUUAUCAAACUAGGUCUGGACGGUGUUAAAAGGGUUAAGAAGUUUUUCUAUCGCAUUCCAAUCACGGUGCUCCAAGAUAGCGUGAAGUAUGAUUGUUUCACGAUCGGGAGUGAUGAGGACUUGCAGGCCUUGUUUCUCUGUCGCCGUCAAUUUCCCGAAGUGCGGACACUGGAGCUGUUGGCAAAGCUGGUUGAUGUGGUGUCCAGCUCGGGGGGUUCAAACCGGAAUACCAACACUUUAGCGACGGUUGCCGGUUCUAGCUCAAGACCUGCCGUUGCAUCUUCCUCAGUUCCCGCCUACAAGCCACCCGCCCCGGUUGUCGCCUCCCCUUCGUUCGCUGUUGAUCUCAACGGCAGUAUUGGCGACAAGGUUGGAACAACGGAACUUGUACCUACCUCUGUACACUGUGCUGCACCGGCUGGGGCUGGAGAUGGAUUGUUUGAUGAUGUAGAGGACGAUGAUGUUGAGCCGGAUAUGAUUGCUGAUGAUAGUGGCAAUGAUAUUGGAGCGAGUGAGCCUGCCGGUGCCGGUGGUGGCUCUAGUUCUGGCACACAGUGA